AUGACAGUGGCUAACGCCACCUCUUCUGCCCGGGAAUGGCUUCAGGCACAGAAGAUCGGAGCUCCCAUGUCACACCCUACCAUGCGGGAACCGAAGAUGCCACCUAUCCAAUCUGAUGUUACCCUAUGUAACACUGACGCGGCGUGGGCUGCUUCUACACAAAGAGCCGGUCUAAGAUGGCACUUCAACACACCAGAAGAAGACAUCAAUCGGGAAGGAUCUCGAGCAAUGGAGAACGUCUCAUCGCCCCUCAUGGUGGAAGCGCUGGCCAUGAGGGAAGCUGUAUUGGAAGCAAAGUGCAGCCCUAUUCUCAAAUUCUGGUUCAGAACCGACUCUCAGGAGCUUGCUAGAGCUAUCUACUCGAAGACAUAUCCGGUGGAGCUUUUUGGAGUUCUUAUGGACAUCGAGUAUCUAUCUUCUUUUUUCAGUUCUUUCUUUGUCUCCUUUGUUGGUCGUGAGCACAAUGCAAUAGCUGAUUCCCUAGCGAAGUCAGCUCUGCAUACUCUCCCGCCUUGCUUGUACUGA